UGAUACACUCAGUAUAGGAAAGGCUUUUGCAAUGAGAAUACCGUGCUUGGUACUGGUGGCCAUUUUGGCCCUGGUUUCUGGAGAACGCGUCCGUUUCGAUAACUACAGAGUUUAUGAUGUUGCAAUUGAAAAUGUAGAUCAGCUCCAGGUUAUGCAAUAUCUGGAACAGUAUCCAGAUGGGUACAGCUUUUGGGAAUCUCCAGUACAAACUGGUAUGAAAGUAAGCGUGAUGGUACCACCACAUAAGGUCGAAGAUUUCCAAGAUCUCUGUUCACGUAUGGAAAUGAAAGUGUCCCUGAAAAUGAAAAAUGUCCAGCGGUUGGUCGAUACGGAGCGGCCUGCCCGGAGAAAACGCGAAGGAUUUGGCUGGGAGGACUAUCACACCUUGGAAGAAAUGUAUGAGUGGAUCGAUGGAUUGGUGGAACAGUAUGGACACAUACUCUCGGUGGAAGUGAUUGGACACUCGUACGAAGGUCGAGAAGUGAAAGCGGUAAAGUUAUCUCACAAUGCGGGAAAUCCUGGAAUAUUCCUGGAGUCGAAUAUUCAUGCUCGUGAAUGGAUUACAUCGGCUACCACGACGUGGAUUUUGAACCAAUUGCUAACUUCGACAGAUCCGGCGAUUCAGGAGCUCGCCCAGAGCUACAAUUGGUACAUACUGCCUGUGGUGAAUCCCGAUGGUCUCCACUACACUAAGGAAACGAACCGGAUGUGGAGGAAAACACGAUUCCCACACAGUAUUCUAUGCUAUGGAGUUGACAUGAAUCGGAAUUUCCCACACCAUUGGAUGGAUGGCGGAGCAUCGAUGAACCCGUGCACGGAAACUUACGCUGGCCCGGAACCAGCGUCCGAGAUUGAAACGAAAAACAUCAUGAACUACUUCACAGAUAUCAAGGACAAAAUCCAUUUCUAUCUCUCGUUCCACUCCUACGGUCAACUUAUACUUCUACCGUUCGGUUAUCAGAAUGCCCAAAAGGUCGACCGUUUUGGCGAUUGGAUGGAGAUGGCUAAAGCAGCUACCACUGCGUUGUCCGGACGGUAUGGCACACAGUACCAGUAUGGGAAUACGGCGGACGUAUUGUACAUUGCAUCCGGAUCUACGCGAGACUGGGCACUUGGAACUUAUGAUGUUCCAAUCGCAGCAUCUUACGAAUUCCGUGACAAAGGAAACUAUGGAUUUAUACUCCCUGCUGAACAGAUCAUUCCCAAUUCUGAGGAAGUUCUGGACUCACUGGUUGCGUUUCUGGCCAAAGCACGCGAGCUGGACUAUUUCAAAGUUUAAAUAAAACCAUGACUCGUAA